UCAGGGGGCCCAAGAGCUUGAUAAAACGCCCAGUUUGAAAUAGUUGUGUCUUUAAACCAGUCGGUGUUGCUUUUUUUGUACAUUAUUACAAGAAAAUCGAAAUUGGGGAAUAAUUUUGUGCGCUAGGUGGCGCGGCGGUUUGACAUGAGUAAGUGAGGUUAUGUCGUUACAGGAGCCCCAAAAUGAGUCUCACUUUCACCUGCAACAUUUGCGUAAAAUUCGUUGCCAGCGUAGCCCCUGUCUGCGGUGUUGGCUGCAACGGUACAACCUAUCUCACGAAACUGCAGGCUGUGGUCCCCGAAGUGGAGUGGUCGCCGAACUACCGUAUAUGUCGGUCGUGUGAGUCCGAAUUGGACGCAGCUUACGAGUUCCGGGAACGUAGCAUUCGGCUUGAUUUCGAGCGCCAGGUUAUGGGCCCCCCUGAGACAACACGUCCAAUUUACCCGUGUUACACUUGCGGUGAAUUAUUCGUGGAUGGCCAACAGUUGUCCGAACACGUUGAUGGCCACCAUCCUGCAGUCGAAGAUGUUGAAAUUAUUUCAAAUCAAGCUCAGAUUUGGUCCGAGCAUAUGUACGCCAAACAGCGCAUUGGAGGCGAAGAUAUCGCUUGCGAGAAUUGCCCUCAGAAAUUCAUGACUCGGAAAGAACUGGAAAAACAUGUUCCAAUUUGUGCCGAAUUGAAGCUUAAAGUGGGGUCCUGUCAAGUGUGUGGUGCAACUGGCGAGACGACGAACGAUGUUGUCGAGCAUUGUAUUAACGUGCACAACCUCGAUAAGCAGGAAAUCAAACCGUUCCUGUGCGAUAAAUGCCCCAAACGUUUCGCGCGCUGGUAUCUUUUACAAGGACACCAAAGACAGCAUUCGGAAAAAAGAGACUUCGUUUGUAUGCAUUGUGGGCGCGCUUUUAAAACGAAAAUCGCGGUCGUACACCACGAAGAAGGUCACGUGAGUGUACGAAACUACAAAUGCGAGUUGUGUAAUAAAACCUUUAAAACAAAAUUGAGUCUCUGCGCUCACGUGAGAGUGGUCCAUUUCGGCCGUGAGAAGGAUUUCGCGUGUCAUUUGUGCAAGAAGCGACUUUUAACGAAACAUUCUCUUGGCAGACACAUCAGGAGACACAAGGGCGAAAAAACUUUCAACUGUCACCUGUGCAGCAGCUCGUUUUUUUCACAACCCGAGCUCACAAAUCAUGUCAAACGGCACGCUUUCCUCAAGGAAAUUAAUCCGUUUAAGUGCCAACACUGUGAUAAAUCUUACAAAUUAAACGUUUCGUAUAAAUUGCAUCUAAGGCGCAAUCAUGGCAUAGGCGACGCCAAAUUACCGGAAAAAAAGCACGGAUGUGGAGUUUGUGCCAAAAAAUUCCACACUAAAACCCACCUUAAAGAGCACGUCCGUAGACAUGUGGGGACUAAUCGGCACCAGUGCGAAGUCUGCGGCAACAAAUACUCCGACAAGGGGGCACUUACUUCCCAUAGGAGGAACAAGCAUGAAACGGAACCGCCCGGCAUUAAUCUGUUAUAAUACCGAAGAAAAUAUACUGUUGUUUUGAA